GAAACUCGUCACUUGGAUCUUGAACCUGCGAACUAACUCGUUUCGUUCUAAUUGCGACGGCAAAGGGUUUGCGACUACGAGGAUUCGCGAACGUGGGGUGCACGUGAGUACCGCCGGCUAGAACGAUGCCAACACGUGAGACAAUUGCCCUCGCAAUCGUGUGCGAUCACGUGUUCGGUGUAACAAAGCGCGGCUGAAAAUGCAUCGACACUGAGUCACUCGGCGAUCUUGGCAGAAUCUUGGCGCCGAAAUGGGUACGUAGAGCCGUUUGCGCUUUUCCCGGUUCAUUGAACGAGCACACAUUCGAAACAUCCAACGUGGUGGUAAAGGGGACUCGAACGACCAGGUUCAGAUUGAAACAAAAUUACACAGUGAUACAAAGUGAUUGCGUCUCGUUGCGUCACUUGUAAAUAUAAAAAAUAUUAGCAGUGGAGACGACAAAUCCUCAAAGACAAAACGGAAGACCGUCCAUCAUCAAAUAGUUCAAAGAAAUCAACGUUGAGCACCGGAAAUAAAAUCAAAAGUAGAAUUCCAACGACCCAUUUCGGACGAAAUGGCAUGCAGGGCGACUCGACGAGUCAUCCAACGUACGUGGAGACUUCCAGCGGGAUUAGCUCCAACAACAACGCCGCUCGUCGACCAAGCAUGAAGACCCUGAGUGUAUUGCCGUCUAGAAAGCCGACGAACGCGGUCCCCGUGGAGAAGCGUCAGCUGGAAAUACAAUACACUUCUAAAAGAAUGCGCUACACGAAUUUGAAAAAGACGCUCGUCGAUAAGCAAAAAAUGGCGCAAGAUAUGCACGACGAGAUAUCGAGUCUGCGGGAGAAGAUAAUCGCGGCCGGCGGCAAGGAUCCCGGCAAGAUCGAGGAGCUGAGAUCACUACAAGUUGAGUGCCCCAAGCAAAGCCCGCCGACGCCGAUCGAGACAAGCUCGCGAUGCGAUGCUCCCGAGCAGCGGGAGCCAAUCUGCAUGGACGAGUCGGUAGUAAUCGGUGUGUCGCUGUUGCAAAAUGAGCUGCGGAAUAUCUGCGACCGCUCCCAAGAGAUCUGCCAACGCACCCUGGACAAGAGCUCGUCGUUCGCAUCCCUCGUCAAGUUCUGGCUGACAGAAUCGAGUCGACAGGACGAGACGGGCAACGUGUUGAUCCCGGCGGAUUAUUCAGCGGUGGAGGCGCAGCAGGCGAAAUUCACGCGAGACAAUGAGGAGAUGAGAACGCAGCUGGAUGAUCUGAGAACGGCCCAGACGGACUUUGUCGCCGAAUUCGCGUUGAGAUCCUCGAGUCUGCGUUGCGAAUACAACAAUUAUCGCGAGCGCGUGAAGGAAGAGAGGCCGAAUGUCGAUCGCGGGGACCUGCUGCAGGCGCAGCUGAGCGUCGCUCUGGAGGAGCUCAAAGCGGAGCGUGACAAGGCAAGUCAAGGCAAGGAAAGGACGAGAAUGCUGGAGCUACAGACGCAAAAGGCGCGGGCGAAGGUUCGCGAGCUGGAGGGGCAUGUGGCUAACGAGGAGGUGAAAUCGCAGCAGCUGGAGAACAGCGUGAAGUCACUGGAGGCUCAGUUGAAGCAAAAGGAUCAGGCGAUGGAGCUGAGGUUGAAGGAUAUGCACAAGGCGAUGAAGAGCAGCGAGGGCCUCGUGACGAAGAUGGAGAAGCAGCGCGACAGCCUCGAGUCACGAAUGUUGGAGCUCAAAGAAAAGAUGGCUCGCAAGGAAGCGGAAGCAAAUGCUACCAUUAAGGAGUUAUCGGUAAAAUUUGAAACGACGAACGCGGAGUUCACCGAAGAGAAAGACAAGAGGCAACAAGCCGAAAGUGCUCUAAUUGAAAUGGAAGGACGUUGUAAACAUCUCGAAGAGAAGAGCCAGCUGCUCUGCGACCUCGCGAGUGAGAAGAGCAACAAUAUUACUGUCACGGAUAAUAAUCACACGGAGAACGAGAUUUGCUUGUAUAACGAUCUGAUGACGGCCCGAGCCGAGCUAGAGCGACAGAGGGAAAAGAUCAAGCAGCUAGAAAGGGAGAAGCAAGAGAUUGUCGCUGUGAUGCAUCAGGCGGCCAGCCACGAUAAUGAAGACGAGACGAAGGAUAGGCUGGCUGCCGAACUCGUAGCCAAGACUAAUGAUCUUCAGAAUUUGAUGUUAGAACACGCUCGGCUUCAAAAGAUUGCUAGAUUCGCGCAAGAGAGAAAUGACGUACUGGAGAACCAGUUAUCCGAGAUUCAGCAUCGUCUUCAGGCGAGAUCAAAAGAAAACGGCAAGGGACUUGAUACCACGGAGCUUCAGCAGCAGAUUAGCGACCUGCGUAACAGCCUGGCCGAGACUAUUCAGCAGAACCAGGAGUUAGAGACCGCCCUGACGCAGAAGCAGCUAGAAGUGGAGCAGCGCGAUCGAGUGAUGCGCGAGCAAAGCAAAUUUCUCAAAGUCCGGGACGAGCUGCUAAGUCUCCUUAAAGGGAAGCAGGCAAACGCGGCGAAUCCUAAUGAAAACUACGAGGAGGAUAUCCAUGAAAUCAACAAGCAGAUUGCGUCGAAGACGGAGGCAAUCCAGGAAUUGUACACCACGCUCGAGGGCAAGCAGAUGCAAGUGAUGCGACUGGAAAAGCUGGUGAAGCUGCUGGAGGAUCAGCAGGAUCGCGCACAGGCACAACGCACGCGGCUCGAGCAUCGCAUUGCGCAACUGGAAGUGAGCUUGCGGGAGAAAAGUAAAAACGACAGCAACCGGUAUGUCGUGAGAAAGUAUUUGCGUAAGCCUCGAUCGAGCAUCGCCAACGACAGAUUGUCGCGCGCUUUAUCUUACGAGUCGAGACGAGCGUUACUAGAGGCAUCCGCGCCAUAUCGAUAUUUCUCGCGUCACGUUCCACCCACGAAGAGUUCGGAUCCACCGCCGAGAAAGUUUCAUCCUAACGACUGGUGUCGCAUCUCUUCCGAUAAGGAAGAGGCUUUCGUUUGCGAGCGAUGUCGGCGGAAAGUUAACGAGAAUUUCAGGGAUGACGUAAUCCAUCACGUUGGAAAUCGUCGCGUUCAGGGAUCUCUUUACGGUUGGCUGGUGGAUUCCUCGACUUUGGGAGCCUUCGGCGAGCCGACGAGUCGCUUAAACAAAUUUCACGGCGAGCUCAGCUCUGAGGAAGACGCGGAUUGUCUCGACGAGAUCGUUAAUCCUAUUGUGGUUCGUGAUAAUGCGAAGGAUUGUAACAGAGAAUCACAUCGUUGUCGCAAACAACAUUAUUGUCAAUAUCGCGGUCGCCUGCCAAGGCGGUCUCUUCUCGACGCCUGUCCUCGACGGUGUAAUCCGAUUAUUCGCGCGACGUAAUAUCAUUAUUUCUCAUAUAGCUCAUGCAUUACAACGAGGCUUAUCGCAUCCAUAUUAUAACUAAUCACUUCAUCCUGAGCGACAGUUGUUAUCGAUGUGAAUAAAAAAGU